CCCGUCUCUCUCUCUCUCUUUCUAUUUAUCCAUCCCUCACUCUCACCCUCUCUUCUUUCCUUCACCACUCUCCAACACUUGAGAACCACUUCUUUCGUCGUAUGCAGUUACAAGUAGCUUAAACCUACAUCAUCUGCGUGUGGAGUGAUUCUGAAAUGGGCAGAUCUCCUUGCUGCGACAAGGUGGGCUUGAAGAAAGGCCCAUGGACACCUGAAGAAGAUCAGAAGCUCUUAGCUUACAUCGAUGAACAUGGCCAUGGGAGUUGGCGUGCGUUGCCAACAAAGGCUGGCCUUCAGAGGUGUGGGAAGAGCUGUAGGUUGAGAUGGACUAAUUACCUUAGGCCCGACAUUAAGAGAGGGAAAUUCAGUUUACAAGAAGAACAAACCAUAAUUCAGCUCCAUGCUCUUCUGGGGAACAGGUGGUCGGCUAUAGCGACACAUUUGCCCAAGAGAACAGAUAACGAGAUCAAGAACUAUUGGAAUACCCAUCUGAAGAAGCGAUUGACGAAGAUGGGAAUAGAUCCUGUCACCCACAAGCCCAAAUCCGACUCCCCCGGUUCCAUUGACGGUCACACCAAGAACUCUGCCAAUCUUAGCCACAUGGCUCAGUGGGAGAGCGCUCGUCUCGAAGCUGAAGCCAGGCUCGUCAGAGAAUCAAAGCUUCGCUCAGCGUCCUUCCAAUCUCAACUAAGCUCCCAAGCUUCAGCUUCGACUCCACCUCCCCUGAAGCCACCUCCCUCGGGCCCACCCCCCUGUCUUGACGUGCUCAAGCGAUGGCAGGGAGUCUGGUCAAAGUCAACCAAAGGAGGCAUCCCUGCCGUUGGCACAAGUGGCCAUGAUCUGGAGUCGCCCACUUCCACUCUGAGCUUCUCAGAGAACAAUAAUGUUCCGAUCCCAACCCUUGGUUUCUCUGAUAAUCCAACAGCCAUGAUUGAAUUCAUCAACGGCUCGGCUCUCUGUAAGGAAGAAGUAGAAGAUUGGAAAGGGUAUGGAAAACCGAACCGGUUAUCAACUGAUGAUGAAAAGACCAGGUUAGAGAAUCCGGUGUUCUCAGCAAGCAAUGUCCAUGAUAUGGUGUUCCCAACACCAGGACAGUGGUCACCAGAAUCCUCAAAAACCGAACCCACUCCCCCUAAUUUCACAGAUGGCUUCACUGACUUUCUCCUUGAUGAUUCCGAUGAUCAAGAUGCAUCUGAUUCCGACAACGCUGAUGGAGACAAAGAUGAGGGCAAGAAUUACUGGAAUAACAUUCUCAACUUAGUCAAUUCUUCUCCCUCAGAUUCUCCCUUGUUUUAGAAUUGCCGGAAAAUUUGACAUUUGUCUGCCCGGAUAAUGACACACAAUUAGUUUAGCUACUGAACCUACGUCAUAUAUGGUUAAGUCAGCCUUCUUCCUAGUCUAUAUUUCCCUAUUAGAAAAGAUGUGAUGAUGAACCAGGAACUCGGCCGAGUUGACUCAGGAAAAAAAUUUUAACUUCGGAAACUCGGCUGAGUCUGCUCAGUGAAUACAUGAGUGGCUCUAUUAUAUCAAGUGUAAAAAGGGGGAGGAAAUGAAUAACGUUCCUAUUU